UGGCCAAUCGGCGCAGGCCUCGGUGACGCGCAACCUAUCAGCUUCCGCGUUCGCCCCGGCCGGAGUCUGCAGGGUGGGGGAGCAAGAGCCCAGAAGCCCACGCGUCCCAAGUUCUGGGAUCCGCGGGGUCCCCGGGGUCCGCGCGGCUCAGAUCAGCUGCUCCCCAAGAGACCCGAUGGCCUCGGAAAGCCUGGAGGGGGAGCUGGCGUCCGUGCUGGGGGGCCAGGGACUGCGCGUGCCUCGCUGUGACUCCGAGCCGGCCGGCGAGCCUCGGGCGCCCGUGCGGCUGCGGAGGGACGUCUGCUACGUGGUGCUGGCCGUGUUCCUCAACGAGCAGGACGAGGUGCUGCUGAUCCAGGAGGCUAAGAGGGAGUGCCGGGGGUCAUGGUACCUUCCUGCAGGGCGAAUGGAGCCUGGGGAGACCAUCGUGGAGGCACUGCAGCGGGAGGUGAGGGAGGAGGCCGGGCUGCACUGCGAGCCUGUGACGCUGCUGUCUGUGGAGGAGCGGGGUCCCUCUUGGAUCCGUUUCGUGUUCCUCGCUCGCCCCACAGGUGGAAUUCUCAAGACUCUCAAGGAGGCAGAUGCGGAGUCCUUGCAGGCUGGCUGGUACCCUCGGAUCUCCCUGCCCACCCCGCUGCGAGCCCAUGACAUUCUGCACCUGAUUGAGCUGGCCGCCCAGUACUGCCAGCAGGCCGGGCACCCUCUAAUUCUGCCCCACGAGCUGCCUUGCAGUCUGGUCUGCCAGCGGCUCGUGGCCACUUUUACCAGCGUCCAGACAGUGUGGGUACUGGUGGGCAUGGUGGGGACACCACACUUGCCGGUCACCGCCUGUGGCUUUACUCCCAUGGAGCAGAGGGGUGGCAUCAAGGUGGCCAUUCUGCGGCUGCUGCAGGAGUGUCUGACCCUGCACAAUUUGACAAUAGAGACCAAGGGGUUGCUUGGACUGCAGCACCUGGGCAGAGACCAUGCAGAUGGCAUCUGCUUCAGUGUCCUGGUGACAGUGGCUUUUCAGAACCCAGGAAGCCAAGAUGAACCCCCUAAGGUUCAGGGUGAGAACUACUUUUGGUGGAAGGUGACGGAGGGAGACCUACAGAGCCAGCUCCUCCAGAGGCUCCAGGAAUCUUCUGUUGUCCCUGUGAACAGAUAGGGAGGGGCCAGCAGGCACCAGGAGCUGGGCAGCUGCGUCCCCUGCACGGGACUCUGCCUCCCUCAGAGGGAGGCAGGCAGGAGGCUGGCAGUCAGGGAUCUUGGUGCAUGGAGUGGUUCUCCUGGUCACGGGGGCUUCGUGCAGCCGCCCCCCCACCUUGCACCAAAAGAACAGUGCCUUUAACCACGAAAGGAGAGCAGAGCUCAAGGGCCUCAAGGGCCCGAAAGCCUUGAGGGCACAUGGAUGCUUCUUACUUCCAGGGCCCAGGAGCUUCUGAACCCUUUGCCUACCAUGUUGAAGACCUGCAUGCUGAUCCUCUUGGGCUUAGAACUUGGAAGGGGACACAGGGAGGUCCUUGAAAUAGAGCCCCUUGCUGAGUAAAUAGUGUUGUUCACCCUUCCCUUCUUGCCCAAAUGUCUCUGUUGGGAGGAAGUGUGGGGCUCUUGCCGGAACUGCCACUCCCUGUCCCACCAACAGCCACGCAGAGCUUUCCUGAUAGCUGCCAACACUGCACGCCACUGCUUUCCGCGGCAGCCCCCAGCCCCCAGCCCCCAGGGCUGUCUCCAUCCUUCCCUGCGGAGCAGGAGGUGGCUGUGAGAGAACCAGGUCCCUAAUGAAAACACAGCCCAGACCCCAAGGGGUCGAGCAGUGGGGAUUCUGGGAAGCUACAGAAGGGGCAGAAGCCAAAAGUGUCAAAAGUGUUUCUUUCUCCUGAGCUUCCAGGCUCUGGUCCCUACCCACCCACUCUUGCCUCUGCCUUUUUAUACUUUCAACCCAAGCCAGACUAACUCUCUUGGUUCCCCUCAGCCCAGCAGUCAUAGCAGGAUUUUUCUUUUUUAAUAAAAGAAAUUUAGUGGAAAACCACAGUUGAUGAGCAAA